AACCCGCAACCUUCGUUCGAUCUCUCAUUCUCUUCUCCUCAGAUCAUCUGUUCUUAUAACCAUUUCCAACGAGAGAGGAACCUUUGCUAGGGUUAAUUAAUAAUUCUCUCCUUCAACCCAUCUUCCUUAAUUCCCUCAACCUAUGCGUCUUCUUCCUCUCUGAUCUUCUCAUUUUUUUGAUCCAUUCCCCUUUUUCAUGCCCUUCGCCUUCAUGGGUUGUGGCGUUUCCAAGAUAGACCUUAAAGAGGCAGGACAAAUCUAUCCGAUUAGAUCCCUUCGUCGGAGAAGUAGUCUUAAUGAUUCCGAUUCUUCAUCCAGAAAGAAUCGAAAAAGUGUUUCAUCGGUAAACAGCGAAGGUGGUGGUUUCAUGAAAAGGGUGAUCGGUUCAAAUGAGAAAGAGAGAGGUGUGGAGAGAGAUUUAGAAGCUGGUAACGAUCUUGCCAUCUCUCGUUCUAAGCAACCUCAAGGUGAGACAAUGGAGCUGAAAGAAUCUCCCAAGGAAAAAACAAAGUCUCAAAAUAAGGAUCAUGAUCAUGAUCAUGAUCCUAACGAUGAUGAUGAUGAUCAUCACCCAGAAGAUAUGAGGCCAAGCAAUGCAGACGAAAGAUCAGCAAGCAUAUUAUACAGUCCUGGAUCUCCUAGUUUCAGAGUUUAUUGUGUUACUGACAUGAUGAUUGCUUCCUACGAAGAUAAUGAUGAUGAUGAAGAACGAGAAGAAAGUAAAACAAAUAAGGAGAAUAACAAGGGACCGGAGAUUCCACCGGCGAAAAGAGGGAGGAAGGGAAGAGGGUUCAGGAGUGCGAUGAACAUGGGCGGACCAGCUCGAGGACUCCGAGGUGUAUUGCAAAGAGGUGGAUCUGCAGGCAAAAAUAUACUCAGUGCCAACUCUUGCAGAAUUCAGACUUCUUCGCCUUCUAAUAAUGAGAGCACUGCUAAAUUGAUUGCAAAAGCUGGCUGAUGAUAUGAUGACGAUGAUGAUCUAGGCAGAUUAGAUCGUAAUCAAAUCUUUCACUCGCUGACAUUAUUAAUUUCCCCUUCUUUUCUUAAGUUUUGUCCAUGAAAGAAAGAAGAAGAAGAAGAAGGAGGUGAAGAAAUUAAUUUCCUUGAGUCCUUGUCCUUCUGAGCUUCCUCUCCUUUGUAUUACAUGAUUUGAUGAAA